AUGUAUGAUCCGGCGUUUUCCGACACCUCCGCGCAGAACCCACGUGUUCUGAGAAGACAUCGCAUCCGCCACACCAAAUCUCGUAAUGGAUGCUAUCCUUGCAAACUUCGAAGAGUCAAGUGUGAUGAACUACAACCUGCCUGUAGCACAUGCGCUUCCAGAGGUGAACCUUGCUCUUACCCCCCACCGCACGCCCCUUCGAAAAAACCCCCCAGAUCUGGAAAGGCGACAGGGAACGAAGAUGGCGGUCCCUUAUCUGCUACAUUCGUUCCAUCAGCUGGAGCUCGUCCGCUCGACGUGACUUUUCCAGCAAUUUUCUCGAGCCAUAAUAGCCACGCGCGUAUGGACUUGCCAAUGAAUGAUUUGAAGCUCCUUCAGUUUUUCAAUUCCUACACUGCGAAACAAAUGUCGCCGCAUCCGAGGAGGGGUAUGGUCUGGCAGCGGAUCAUCCCGGAAAUUGCAUGCAAAAAUCGGUAUUUGAUGCACCUGCUCCUAGCACUAGGAGGCAUCCACAUGAUUACGCAGCAUGAGGCCAACUUGACUAGUGGCCUCGAAGAAUUGGAUACAGUGGACUUAGCAAUAGUCAUGGAACAUCAUCAAAGAGGACUGGAAGGUUUUAGGGAAGAAGUGUCCUGCAUUUCUCCCUCUAACGCCGAGGAACUUUUUACUGGUUCUGUGCUUCUCGUUGCGUUUGCUUUUGCAUCUCUCAUGGUUCGGGAGCUCAAUCCGCUUAGUGGGACACCCGAAGAGAUGAAUAGUACUACAGGAAAUUCCUCUUCCGCAAAUGACGUUUUACGUCUCAACUGGUUAUACCUUAACAGAGGGGUAACUAGUAUUCUAUCUGAUCAAUGGAACGUGUUAAAAGGCUGUCGGCUCCGGCAGAUGAUGGUGUUCUCACAGCGCGACGGGCAUUGGGAGGAUUUACCAUUUGCUCUACCAUCGUCUCGACUUUCUCGUUGCUCACUCCGCCUAGUUAAAUUUGCCGAAGGUGCCAGCCAAGCAGUCGCAAACAUCAAGGCUUCUUUGCAUACGCUUGAACCCGCCAGGGAUUACUUAUCCAGCUGCUCGGGUACGCCGACAUCUUACGUUUCAGAGUCGCCUAAGACUCUAGACUCCGUUAUGGAUGCGCACUCUGAGACCGUAGACCUCCUGGAUACGGUAUAUUCGCGCAUUCUCUCCAUAUUACGGUGUGAGGCAACUGAAGAUCCUGCUGACGUGGAAAUCCAGUUGGAUUUUGAAGAGGCGGCGGUUUUUGCCUGGCCGAUCCGGCUUCCAAGUCCAUUCUUGGCAUCGCUUGAGACAGGCGAACCUAAUUACCUUCGUGGACUCUCACUCGUCAUUUUGGCUCAUUUUUAUUUGGCAAAUACUCUAUUUGAUACCUGGUUUCUGAAGGGCGCCUUUGAAAGAGAGGUACUCAAAAUCAGCACGCUUAUCGGUUCCCUGAAUGAGAGCCAAUUGUCAACAUUUAUGCUAUGGCCCAACGAGGUCGUGACUUCGACCUUGAGAGAAGUCACGACCUCGGGAUGUACUCCUUGA